UUGCGGGACCUCUGGCUUCUUCCAGUCUGUCCCCAAAGACUCUCUAGCCACCCUCCCCCACUACACCCGACCCCCACUCCUGUUGGUUUGCAAUGACGCGAGAUGGGCUUGGGGUCGCGCCCUCUGGUGUUUCCCUCGGGACGUUGUUCCUGGGCGGUUAGGAACUGUUGAGAGCGGUUCUCCUAGGCUAGCUAGCCCCUCUUUCACAUUGAAAACAGGGAUACCAGCCUGGUUUGGGCCGUCCUAAACUUGAAGGUAGAUUUCUCAGUGGCCAACCAGAACCAUGGACAGCUCGGCAAAAGGAAAUAAAAAAGAUGCGCAAGAUGGACCACCCAAAGAUACGAAGCUGCCUACCAGCGAAGCACUUCUGGACUACCAUUUUCCUACAUCGGGCUUGCCAUUUCUUUUUAAAGAACAGUAUAAAAUCACUCUGGAAGACACUAGAAAGAGGAUAAUCAGAGAAACCCUGAUACAACUAGACCUAAGGAAGGAAUGGGCCACUCAGAAUGCCGUGAGGUUCAUUGACAAGGGCAACUACCGAGAGAUCUGGGAGAAUGACUGGCUAAAAAAAGAAAUUUCGACUCACAGGAAGGAAGUUGAAAGACUGGAAAAUUGUGUUCAACAACUAGAAGAGGAAAAUUUGUUGCUUAUUGACCAGCUGUUUAACUGUAGACUUUUGGAUCUCAAAAUACCCAGGAAACUGUAUCUGACUCAAGCCGUGGGCCAGCAAGUGCCACCUGAAGAUGUGUCUUUGAAGUUGCCAGAGAUAGACAUAGUCCCAGAGGAGAAUCUGAAAUCGCCCGCUGAGGCAGAGGGUGGAGACGCAUUGAACCUCUCCCCCGGAAGCAGCCAUGAGGCCAGCAGUCCAGAAGUCCACUUCACAGAGAUAGAAAGAGAGGACAGCUCGUCCACAGAGAUGGAGUGCUCUAUCGACCAACACUUGCUGCAUGAGGAUGAACAGGACUUCAAGGAAUAUGUAAACUUGGGCCCCCUGGCUUUGAAGCUCAUGAGCGUGGAGGGCAGGAAAAUGCCCAUUCAUUUUCAAGAAAAGCAGUCUCCAGUCAAAUCUUACGAAGACAUCCAGAGCCCUGAGAGACAUAUCACACAUAAGAUGAUGAAAAUGUUUCUCUAGGCCUGAAAGCUGCAUGGUGGAAAAACCACGUUCCCGUGGAAAGCACCUUCCGGUGGAAAGCACCUUCCCGUGGAAUGCACCUUCCCGUGGAAACUCCUUGUGAAUUAAAGUGCCCAAGUUGCUCACUUGA